CUUUUGCAGGAAGGGGGCGCUGGUCUCGUGUGGGAUUGGCCAAAGCAGUCACAAGAUGUGAAGUAUAUAUUUUAAAAAAAAAACAUUGAAAGCGUCUCUGCCAUUCAGAACAGCUUCAGCAGCAGCUUCAGGGAAACUCAACUCUACUACAAUGAGUCAGUCACUCGUGGUGUGCGAUGUGGAUGAAAGCCUGGUUAAAAAGCUGAGGGAUUUUCGUUUUCGGAAGGAGACUAAUAAUGCGGCAAUCAUCAUGAAGAUCGAUAAAGACAAGCAGCUUGUAAUUCUCGAUGAAGAGCAUGAGGACAUUUCUCCCGAUGAUCUGCAGAAUGAACUGCCUGAGCGACAGCCACGAUUUAUCGUCUACAGUUAUAAGUAUCAGCAUGACGAUGGACGUGUGUCUUAUCCCCUCUGCUUCAUCUUCUCCAGUCCAGCGGGCUGCAGACCAGAACAGCAGAUGAUGUACGCUGGAAGCAAAAACAAACUGGUCCAAACUGUUGAACUGACCAAGGUGUUUGAGAUCAGAAACACAGAGGACCUGACAGAGGAAUGGCUGCGAGAGAGACUCGGUUUCUUCCGCUAACAUCAUCACCUCAUCCAGCGGUCUGGGGUGUGAGGAGGAUCCAGAUAGCACAACUUGUUUCUCUUCUGUUGGGGGGGGAGAUCACACCACAGUUAUUACAUUUCCCUCCUCUUUACACGAGACCUGACUUAAAUAGUGUUUGCAGUCAUUUUCUACUCUCAGUUUCCAGAAUGUCAACAUUUGUCUUUUAAAAAUCAACAAAUCUGUGGCACUCACAGAUUCAGGCUGCCUGAAACUGAAAAUACUAUUUGACACAGGUCUGCGUUUGUCUCCCUCACAAUCUCUCCAUGUGCCAGGUCUGUGUCUGUGUUGAAUUAACACCCCCGUAGCUCUUGAGGUGAACAGUCUACUCUUUGUAAGUUCAUUCGGGAGAAUUGAAAGGCAUUUUAAAGAGAGUUUAUUUUUUUCCUCAAGUAGUUUACCCAGUGUUUAUUUGAGUUUCACAGUUGUAUGUUUUAAUAAGUUGAGGGAGUCUUAUUUUAAGCUUUUUUUUCCCCCUCUGGUGUAUUUAGGGAUAUGUCAGCACAUGUGUGCUAUAUAUAUGUGUAAUAGCAUCGAUUUCCUUUUGUGAAAGACAAGCUUCCUGCCAGAACAGUUGAACAACAGUUCCGUUUUAGUCGGUUUCUCCUUCAGUAUUCAUUGCAGGCUGUUUAAAGGUACAGUGUGUAACAUUUAGCGACAUUUGUUACAUGUUGCAGGUUAAUAUUUUUCUUCCAAGUGUGUCGGAGAAACUAUAUAGCCCUCAGUUUGCAUCAAAACUGAAAAGAUAUUUAGUUUGUCCGCUGUGGGUUACUGUAAAAACACGGUGGUCCAAUGUAGCUGCCGCCAUAGAGCUGACCGAGCGGCUCAUUGGGUGAUCGUACACUUAUUUUAAUUAAGUUUAAAUUUCUGUCGGAUAAAAAUACAUUUUAUUGACACACUGGACCUUUUUAAAUUUUAAUAUAAUAUAUUAAAAAAUAGACCGUAACGCAAGAGGCUCUCCUGAGACCGUAGGUGCUUUCAGACAUUCACCAAUGUCACUCGAUUUUACAGAAAGUGUUUGUGUGAGCACAUGUGAGACUAGAGCAGGAAAAUGUCUGGAAAAAUUCCCGUCUGCAUGUCCAGGAAAUGUUUCUAAUUUUCCUGAAGAUGUCUGACUGCUGCGGAAAUGUCGGGACCCGGUUUUUUUUUUUUUUGUUUUUUUUUUAGAAAUUUCCCCAGAGUUCAUGUCUGAAAGCAGCUUUACAGUAGAAACCGCUGCAUGAAUUUCCCUUCACUGUUCUGCCUUUAACCUGCAUAUGUGAUAUCGCACAAUUUUCUCUGAAACAUUCCAAACUAAACGGCAAAAAGACAGAAAACACUGCACACACUGGGGCAGAGUCACCUGCCCUCUUUUUAAUCGACUGGGCUACUCUUAACAUUAACGUGGGUUACUGUGUCAUUAGAGGGAAAUUGUUAGCUUAUACUGUGCUUUAUAGCUCGUGCUGUUAUAAGUGUUUUUGAAUGUUGUGCUUCAUUCUCAUGUUAAGCCACUUUGGUUGCUUUGUGGUGGUUACAGCUUUGAGAAUGAUGGACGUGACGUCUCCAAACACCGCUUGUGCUUACCUUCUAGACUUGGCAGUAACGGAUAGAAAUAUCUGGGAUAUUCACAUUUUCCAUACAAAAAAGGGUUUGACCAAUAAACAGGCUGAUAUUGAGAUUCAUGGAUUGAAUGUGCCCCCUUUAUCUAAAUUAAAUUCUUACUUCUGUAGUCUGUAUUAUGCAGUCUCACCUUUUUUGUUGUGUCUGACUUGUAUUCUCGCGUAUUGGUUUUGUAAUUUUUUGCAAUAUUUUGCAAAGGUGGGGGUUAAAAUGACAAUUUUAUUUAGAUCGCUCUGUGUUUUUUGUUUUUUUUACAUAAGCUCAAUAACAGCUCAGAAUAUUGGUCUCACCCUAAUAAAGAAAAAGGCACAAAUGAAUUCCACACGUUCCACCUCAUCAGUAUCUCUUAAUUAAAACUUUUUACAUCUAAACUAAACAUAUAAUUGAUAGUUGUGGCGAAUUAAAAGCCAGAGAAGUGAGAAAAUCACAUCAUGUAUGAUGUCAAAGUGCUGCGUCGACCAUUCCAAUGUCUUAUCUUUGUUUUGAGGCCAAAUUUUAAACCAGACUGAAUAGUAAAGCUUGAAAAUCCGUUUUUGGUUAUUUUUGUUUCUUCUAGAAGACUAUGCUAUAAUCCGGGCUGUUAUAAUAUAAGAAACUCUCUUUCUGGGCAGAAUAUAUACAUGCACAAUGCACAAUAUACAUGUAAAUAAUUUAGUGAUGUCAAUGAUAAUCAUUUAUCAGGUUUAAUCCAACAGGAAUAAUGUGAUAACACUGUAAUCAUGUGUCAGAAAACAACAUUAAAGCAAAGACUGAAACAUCUGCAUGAUAUUACUCUGCUGUAACUGGUGAUUAUAUCCACUGCGAGUGCUACGAUUUAUGGGUUAAGAAAAGGUUUGACAUCUCUCAGACAAGCUAAACACCUAAAUAUGUUCAUAAACCUGAACUGAAAUAUAAGGAUUUAGGGCUACAACUAACGAUUAAUAUUAUAAUUCAUUCAUCUGUUGAUAGUUUUCUGGAUUCAUUCAUUAGUUAAUUGGUCCAUAAAAUGUCAGAAAAUGUCAAACCAACAUUAUUCAGUUUUAAAGAUUUCUUUCUGUAACAAAGGAACCUGAUGCACCACAUGCACGUUAACUCUGACACAUUCAACUUGAAGUAUGUGCAAUGGACUGCUUUGGAUGUGAAAGAUGUUAAGAUUUUGUUGAAAUUCUGGAAAAAACCUCUUAAAUGUGAAGAGCUACUGUAUAUGAAGUGCACGUGUUUGCAAAUGUCUCUGCUCUGACUGUUGAGACUUUGCUGUCCUGUUGCAUGAAUCCAGAGGAGAAAAUAUUUAAAUUAUUAAGUUAAAUGAACACACAUCUGGUCUCCGCAUCGAUUUUACUCUUAUUUAAAGUGUUAAUAACAUCAACAAGCAUUUUCUUUAUUUUAAAAAAAAAAAAAAAUCUUCCCAGUAAAAGGUUUAUUAGAAAAAGAGUUCCCUUUUGGUUUUUAGCCAUGUAACAGGUUAUGUCCUGUGGAUUUAUUAUCUUUCCUUACUUUGUAGUGAAUCGGUUACAUACCGUAUACUAUUUGUCCUUUUGAGUCUCUUUCUGUGACCUGCAGAUGUGUUUUUUUCAGCUUUUAAUGUUGUCUUUGAACAUCUUCAACAUCUUACUUCCUUUUUAAUGAAAUUAUAUUCAGCCGCCUCAUGGCAUCAGUGAAACUUGAGAUAUUUGUACUUUCCUGUACUUUAUAAAGUGUCUGUUGUCCCACGGUUCAAAUAAAAUGACAGCGAUGUUUA